UCAGCGUCAUGUCGUCGAUGUCAUAACAAAACAUAUUUUUCGUGCGUGCGUUCGGUGAUAGCAGAAAAUACGUAAGCUUAAUUUGGUAAAAAAUAGUGCUGUAUUCAAGAAUCGCUAGUGAAAAAUAGUUCUCUGGCCGUAGGGAUGGCCUAUCCAAUCAUGGAUCUGAACAAAAUCUGCCGAAUGUGUUCAUCGGAGCACGUCCCGGUUCGUUCUAUUUUCUACGACUACACAGAACUGCGUCUACCGCAGACCAUCAGCGAGGUCCUGCGGCUGGAGAUUAGUCUGGCCGAUGGACUGCCGACAAAUAUCUGUGAACCGUGCGUGGGAAUCCUGACCAAAAUGAAGCACCUAGUGGACCAGUUUCGAGCGAAUGAACGGGCGCUGCGACAAAGGAUUUUUGGAAUUGUUUUCGGUGGCGACAAUACAUCCUAUGCAGCCGGUGCAAUGAACACUGGGUUGAUAUUCAAAGAAGUACCAGUAAACAGCGUCACCCCAUGUAUUACUUCACAACCAGCUCAACAAUAUGCCCCUAGCUUGGUUCCAACUGUGACCACCCAGAACCAUGCUCUACCUGAAAUAAAAGAAGAAGAAGACUCGGACUCAAGUUCCGAUGAUGACACGGACUGUGAAGGCACCGCCGCAAACGGUCAAAAGCGAACCGAUUUGAAGCCGGACUUCAAAUGUUACAUCUGCAAAAGCGACUCGUUGGGUACGGCCAAAGCCCUCACGGACCAUCUAUCGGUGCACUCCGGACUGGUGCCGCAAACAUGCACUGAAUGUAUUACAGAACCGAUUGUGCUGCGGGAUAUUCGAGCAUUAAAUUCUCACAGACGAAUGCACUCGCAACCGAUCAAGUGCGAAUACUGUGAUCGGCGUUACGGUGACUAUCAUGGACGCGAUGAGCACGUCCGGCUGUACCAUCUGGGGGAGGGCGCUCCCUGUCCUUCGCCAUGUCAGCAGUGUGGAAAAAUUUGCAAAUCCGUGGCAGCGUUGAAAAGUCACAUGCGUAACCACAAACAGGAUGUAAGAUGCGAUCAAUGCGGCAAGGUAUUUCAUAAGCAGCACAAACUACAAGAGCACGUAAAGUGGUUCCAUGGACAGUCUGAGAGGCAUCAGUGUAACAUUUGCAACAAGGUCCUUUACUCGUUGACAAGUUACAACUCUCACCUAAAGCUGCAUAACGAAGAUAAAAACUAUAGCUGCGACUUGUGUCCACUUAAAUUCUACACUGCCGCAAACCUCAGAACGCACAAACGCGUCCAUCAGAAGAACGCCAACUACAAGCCGAAAAAGGACUGGACUGGCCACUAUACCGUAACCAGGGCCGCUGACGGUAGCAAAAUGUAUUCGUGCAAUUUGUGUGGAAAGACUGCCACCGGUUACAUCAACACCAUCAUCAGUCACGUGCGGCUACACUUCAAGGAGGUACGCUGCGAUCAGUGCGAUUUGAAGUUUACGUUCAUUAAUCAGCUGAAGGCACACUACGUGGUACACACCAGGGAACGUAACUUCAAGUGCAACUACUGUGAGAAAGAUUUCAUGUAUGACUCACACAUGCGACAUCACAUCAAACAGGCGCACCCGGCAGAAAGAGAAGCCGAAAGAGCUGCGGCAGCUGCCCGUAAAAAACUAGCCCAGGCAAACAGUAGAGGAACCGGUCAAUAAUUGCGUGUAAGUAUGAAUAAAAGCAGGGAGAUAACAGUAUAUAAUGAAUAUCGAAGUUGAUGAGAAACUAGAUUCGUGUUUAUAUAAGAAGAAUUAAGGCAAAUAAUCGUAGCGCUAUCAUAGUAAUUAAACAGCACAAACAAG